UACGGAAGACCAAAGAUGAAGUCAGGGAAAUGCUGCCUGAAGAAUCCUGGCACCAUAUGGACACCACGGGUGAAAGAAGAACAAAAACCACAAGCGACACAGUGGUUUCCCUUUAGUGGGAUCACUGAGCUGGUAAAUAACGUUCUUCAGCCACAGCAAAAACAACAAAAUGAAAAGGAGCCCCAGACGAAAUUGCAUCAACAGUUUGAAAUGUAUAAAGAACAGGUGAAAAAGAUGGGUGAAGAAUCACAGCAACACCAGGAGCAGAAGGGUGAUGCUCCAACCUGUGGUAUCUGCCACAAAACGAAAUUUGCCGAUGGCUGUGGCCAUAAUUGUUCAUAUUGCCAAACUAAAUUCUGUGCACGUUGUGGAGGAAGAGUGUCGUUACGCUCAAACAAGGAGGAUAAAGUGGUAAUGUGGGUAUGUAACUCGUGCCGAAAACAACAAGAAAUCCUCACAAAAUCUGGAGCCUGGUUUUAUAAUAGUGGAACAAAUACACCACAGAAGCCUGAUCAAGAAGUUUUUAGAGGGCUGCGUAACGAAGAAGCACCUCAGGAGAAAAAAGCAAAGCUGCAAGAGCAAUCCAUAUCAGGGUUGGAACGAGGUAGAUCUCAAGGGCUCACAAGGCAAGACUCCAUAAACGGCUCAGGAGGGAAGGUAGCAGGUGACACGGCAGACAGAAAAAGAAGCCCAUCAAUAUCCAGAGAUCAGAACAGGAGGUUCAAUCAACAGGAGGAGAGAGACGACUACUCACAGUAUGCAACAUCAGACAGUGCAAUGCCAAGAUCACCAUCAGAUUAUACGGACAGACGGUCACAACAUGGAUCUCAGUUAUAUGAAGAACCUGAACUUGAUGACUACAGGGAUUCAAACAGGAGAAGUCGCAGGCGUUCGAGGGAAUAUCCUUUAGAGGAAGAUGAUGUGCAGAAUAGAGAGGAAUAUGAGAGGCAGCGGCGGGAAGAGGAGUACCAAGCACGAUACCGAAGUGAUCCUAAUUUGGCUCGUUAUCCCGUCAAACCACAACCAUAUGAGGAACAAAUGCGUAUUCAUGCUGAAGUGUCCCGCGCACGUCAUGAACGAAGGCACAGUGAUGUGUCUUUGGCAAAUACUGAAUUGGAAGAUUCCCGGUUAUCUAUGAUGAGAAUGGAACGGCCAUCACGGCAAAGGUCUGCAUCUGAACACAGAGCUGCCAUGGACCAAUGUUCAUAUUCAAUGGAAAGAACUCAGGGACCAAGUCCCAGUCGGCAAAGAAACACAAAUCACAGCCCUCCAACACCUAGGAGGAGUCCCAUUCCUUUUGAUAGGCCAGAUAUGAGGCGAACUGAUUCAUUAAGAAAACAGCAUCAUUUGGAUCCUAGCUCAGCUGUACGGAAAACAAAACGUGAAAAAAUGGAAACCAUGUUAAGAAAUGAUUCACUAAGUUCAGAUCAAUCUGAAUCAGUUAGGCCUCCACCACCAAAGCCUCAUAAAACAAAAAAAGGGGGUAAAAUGCGUCAGGUUUCACUGAGCAGCUCUGAGGAAGAGUUGGCCUCUACUCCAGAGUAUACCAGCUGUGACGAUGUAGAGAUUGAAAGUGAAAGUGUUAGUGAGAAAGUCUAUCAUUUUUUGGCAGGAGACAUGGAUUACAACUGGGACCAUACGUCUUGGCAUAGCAGUGAGGCAUCCCCAAUGUCUUUGCAUCCUGUAACCUGGCAACCAUCCAAAGAUGGAGACCGUUUAAUUGGUCGGAUUUUGUUAAACAAGCGACUAAAAGAUGGAAGUGUGCCUAGAGAUUCUGGAGCAAUGCUUGGAUUGAAGGUUGUAGGAGGAAAAAUGACUGAAUCAGGUCGGCUAUGUGCAUUUAUCACCAAAGUAAAAAAAGGAAGUUUAGCUGAUACAGUGGGACACCUUAGGCCAGGUGAUGAAGUGUUAGAAUGGAAUGGAAGGCUUUUACAAGGAGCCACCUUUGAAGAAGUGUACAACAUCAUUCUAGAAUCCAAACCAGAGCCACAAGUGGAACUUGUAGUUUCAAGGCCAAUUGGGGAUAUUCCCAGAAUACCUGACAGUACACAUGCACAGUUGGAGUCCAGUUCUAGUUCGUUUGAAUCUCAAAAAAUGGACCGGCCUUCUAUUUCGGUCACUUCUCCCAUGAGUCCAGGCAUGUUGAGGGAUGUUCCACAGUUCUUAUCUGGACAACUUUCAAGCCAAAGCCUUAGUAGAAGAACAGCGCCUUUUGUUCCUAGGGUUCAGAUAAAACUGUGGUAUGACAAGGUUGGUCACCAGUUGAUAGUCACAAUAUUGGGUGCAAAGGAUCUUCCUUCAAGGGAAGAUGGGAGGCCGAGGAAUCCCUAUGUUAAGAUUUACUUUCUUCCUGACAGAAGUGAUAAGAACAAAAGAAGAACAAAAACAGUAAAGAAAACUUUGGAGCCCAAAUGGAACCAAACAUUCAUUUAUUCUCCAGUUCAUCGGAGAGAAUUUCGAGAACGAAUGUUGGAAAUUACUCUUUGGGACCAAGCACGUGUUCGUGAGGAAGAAAGUGAAUUUUUAGGAGAGAUUCUAAUUGAAUUAGAAACAGCACUGCUGGAUGAUGAGCCUCAUUGGUACAAACUUCAGACACAUGAUGUCUCCUCCUUGCCACUUCCCCACCCUUCACCGUAUUUGCCACGCCGACAGCUUCAUGGAGAGAGUCCCACGCGAAGGUUGCAAAAUAAAGGCAUUUAUUCAUAUAAUUCAGGGUCCAAACGAAUAAGUGAUAGUGAAGUCUCAGAUUAUGACUGUGAUGAUGGAAUAGGAGUAGUGUCAGAUUACCGACAUAAUGGGCGAGAUCUUCAAAGCUCAACACUAUCAGUGCCAGAACAAGUGAUGUCAUCCAAUCACUGCUCUCGGUCAGGGUCCCCUCACCGUGGAGACAGUAUAGGAAGGACAAGAUCAUGGUCUCCCAGUGUCCCUCCUCUACAAAGUAGGAAUGUGGAACAGGGGUCUCGAGGGACCCGAUCUACUCCUGCACAUUACAAUACCACGAACCGAAUGGAUAGACAUCGAAUAAUGGAUGACCACAACUCCCCAGACAGAGAGAGUCCUUAUGUCAGUCUGCCUUGGUCUCAACACACACAGUCCAUUGACCACCAUCAUAGAAAUGCCAGCAAGGAUCACUCAAUGUAUCCUAUCUUUUGUGAAGAUGCAAUCAGAUUACUUCGAUCCCGUACGAUGUGCCGUACCUAUUCUGAGGGUGCUUACUAUGAAUUUGAGAGGAGGAAUAGAAAGGAGGGAAGAGUGCCUAUAACAUAUUAUGAUGACACUGAUAUUUCCCCUACUCCUGAAAGGUAUUACAAUGGUGCAAGUUCAUGGGCAGAUCAUGUAGUCAAUGGUUCAGCUGAAAACUAUGGCAAAAUUCCAAUAGCUAGUAGAAGAAUAGCAUGUCCAAGGAUUGAAAUCCAACAGCCUUCCACAGAUACUGACAGAAGUGAAACAGUGGAUGUAUUGGCAGAUCAAGCUUCCUGUUCAGAAAGUGAAUAUAUAGAUCCAGAAGAAAACAUGAGGAAUUGGGGACCUAGACUACCAUAUCAAAGAUCCAGAUCAACAGAACAGCGUCCUGUGGUAGAGCGGCCCAGCCCCCGCUCUCGAUCCACUGAGCGUCCUGACUCAAAUCUCAUGAGAUCGAUGCCUUCAUUAAUGACUGGAAGAUCUGCCCCUCCCUCACCUGCCUUAUCGAGGUCACAUGCUCGUAUGGGGUCUGUCCAAACAAGCCCAUCAGGUACUCCAGUAGCAGGACGCAGGGGUAGACAAUUGCCACAACUCCCACCCAAGGGAACACUGGAGAGAAAAGAAGUGGACUCAUCAAGGAGAAGAAACCCAGUGCCAGAGAAUGGGGAUGAAGGUGCUAUGGAUGUGGAAGAAAGAAAUCGCCAAAUGAAAAUGAACAAAUACAAACAGGUAGCAGGAUCAGACUCCAGGCUGGAGCAAGAUUAUCAUUCAAAGUAUCGACCAGGGCGGGACCCUCAACGAGGCUCUGACAAUGUUUCUAACAAGUCUUCAGACAGCGAUGUAAGCGACGUGUCAGCUGUAUCGAGGACCAGUAGCGCUUCCCGCUUCAGCAGCACUAGCUAUAUGUCUGUACAAUCAGAAAGACCAAGAGGGAACAAGAAAAUUAGAUCAAGUGAGGAAAGAAAAGAGGGAGGGGAGGGGGAGAUAUUCCCUGAGGAAGAGGAGGAGAAUCAGGAUCUUGAGAAAAAAGAGGAGGAGGAACAAGUUGAUGAAAAAGGGGAAGGGGAAGAGGUGACAGAGAACUGUGAUAAGGAGGAGAACAAAGAAGCAGAAGAGAAUGAAGGGACCCAAGAUGAGCAAACUGAGGAAGGGACAGAAACAAAAAAUAAAGAGGAUUUGCAAAGGCGAUACUCACAAGAUGAUCUCAGUGUCUUUACAUCCAAAAUGCAAAGCAGACAGAUGGGCACUUCAGGACAGAACAUAACUAAGAGCACCAGCAUCAGCGGGGAGAUGUACACACUAGAGAAGAACGAUGGCAGCCAAUCUGACACAGCAGUGGGCACUGUGGGUACAGGUGGCAAGAAGCGCCGCUCCAGCAUUGGUGCAAAGAUGGUUGCAAUCGUGGGCCUUUCGCGGAAAAGCAGAAGUACCUCACAGCUCAGCCAAACUGAAGCAGGUGGCAAAAAGUUAAAGAGCACAGUCCAGAGAAGCACAGAAACUGGGUUGGCUGUGGAGAUGAGAAACUGGAUGACACGUCAAGCCAGCCGGGAAUCCACAGACGGCAGCAUGAACAGUUACAGCUCAGAGGGGAAUUUGAUUUUUCCUGGUGUGCGAUUGGCUGCAGACAGCCAGUUCAGUGACUUUCUGGAUGGACUUGGCCCUGCACAGCUUGUUGGUCGCCAAACACUGGCAACUCCAGCAAUGGGUGAUAUCCAGCUCGGAAUGGUGGACAAAAAGGGACAGUUGGAGGUGGAAAUAAUACGAGCCCGAGGCCUUGUUGUAAAACCAGGUUCAAAGACACUGCCAGCACCAUAUGUAAAGGUGUAUCUAUUAGAAAAUGGAGUCUGUAUAGCCAAAAAGAAAACAAAGGUGGCAAGAAAAACGCUGGAACCUCUUUACCAGCAGCUGUUGUCAUUUGAAGAAAGUCCCCAAGGGAAAGUUUUACAGAUUAUCGUGUGGGGAGACUAUGGACGCAUGGAUCACAAAUCCUUUAUGGGAGUGGCACAGAUACUUUUAGACGAACUGGAAUUGUCCAAUAUGGUGAUUGGCUGGUUCAAACUUUUCCCCCCUUCAUCCCUAGUAGAUCCAACUUUAGCCCCUCUUACAAGAAGGGCUUCCCAGUCGUCUCUUGAAAGUUCAACAGGACCUUCUUAUGCUCGUUCAUAGCAGCUGUGAAACUGUUGUCAUAGCAACCAGCGUUACAAAAAAAAAUUAACAGGUCGCAAACCCUGGUAACACUGCAUGCUUAAUGUUGUGUCUUCAGAGCCUGUUUCUAGGGCUAUAAAAGCGAUCCUGUGUUCUCAGAGGAAGUUGCACACAUUGUGCUCUAAAGGAAGUCCUCAGGUGAAGGAGUGGAGCUGGAAAAAACUGAAUGGUUUGGAGUUCAGUGACACUCAAGUUUUGGUCCAAUCUGAAGCCAUGGAUUAAAUUACAAGAACCGAGCUGUCUCAUGCAACAAGAAUCCCUUUCAAUGCCACAUCUAUUUUCUUGCUCCCUUUUCUUUAUCUCUGCCCCCUGUCCUCGUCCCCACCCAAGCCUGGUUAUGCCACAGAAAUAUGGAGCUACCCAAAGAAGCUGUGCCACAAUCGGAAGGAGGGAAGAAAAGAGCCAUGAAAGGAACGCCAGCUGUCAUAGCAGUUAUUUGCAGCAGAGGAACCUUGCCUUAUCAGAAAGGUUGAAGUCUUACAGUGGCAGGCUUCAUAACUCCAGCUGCUGCUGCUGGAGUCAACUCCAGUGUGUGGACUCUGAAAAAUAAAAUUCUGUGGCUAUACUGUACUGUAUGAAAUUAAAGAAACUUUUUUGCAUGGACACAGAUUAUGCUGAACACUUAAAUUAUUUUCUUGGGGCUGCAACUUGCAAAAAAAAAAAAAGAAUAAAUCAGCCAUUUUCAACAAUUUAUAUUAUUUUUAAAAAUAAAUUUCACUAGUGCAUGGUUUUAAAAGGGAGAGAAUGCAACAGGGUGGUAAGACACACCAAGUUUAUCAUUCUUUAAACCAAUCAUGGUCUGUGUUUUGGCAGACAUAAAUGAAAAAUAAAUAAUUUCUAGCAAAUAUUUAAAAUUACGUUUAUGUGACAAGAAAUAAGUGUAAUAUAUUAAAUUUAUUUAAAUGUAAAAGGUACAAGCCUUGUAAAGUUCAACGAUAUGUGCAAAUUGUAUACUUCUUUUCCCCUUCUUGUCUACACCUCUCUCCUUUUGCUCUCUCAUUCCCUUCUUACCUCCCAGGAUGAUCAUUAUACUCUGAAACCGCUACUUUUUGACUUAACUACUCUCAUGCCCCACAUUUGGUUCAGAGUUGCAGAUGAUUCUGCAUUUCUGAAAUCUUUGAGAGGAAAAGAAUAUUGUUUAAGAACUUUUUUCAAGCAUGUUGAAAAGAAUUUUGCAACAUGGCUUGGGGAGUACAUUACAAUAAUUCAGCAUGUAUUUGAUAAAAAAUUUGAACUUUUUGCAGUUUAUUGUACAGUGCAUGGAAACUUAUUUUUUUUUGUCACCUUCAAAUUAAAUUCUACAGCAAAAUACUGGAAUCAUGUGGCCAUUUGUAAAAUGUCUUCAAUAAAUUUGUUUUCAGCACCAGCAUCAUUCAUUCAAAGGUUGAACUAUCAUUUCUGGAUGGUCUUAAAGAAAUACAAGAUGUUAGUCUUGCUAAAUAUCAGCAUCUUAUAAUUUGCACUGAGCCAAACAAAUUAUUACCCAUUUAGGGUCACAGUAAAUAGCAAAUAAGCUGUUCUCUUCAGUUUUUAUAAACUAUGUGAUGGCAAAUCAGUGAAUAUCAGCCUGACAUUAAAAGUCACAAUUCAAACUGCAACCCUGCAUCUGUCUUUCAAUUCGUGGUAUUUACAUGCCCUGAGUGAUGGCAGGAUUUCACCUGCUGAUUUUUAAACGCCUUAAAUAAAGUACAUGCAAUUUACUAAUUUUUUGACACCAUCACCAAGAGCCUAAAUGCAGAUACCACAGGUAUUUGAAGAAACAUACACACCUGUCUCCUAUGUAUCAGAUAAUUUAGUACCACUGGAAGGAGGGGUGGAAAGGUAGGGGGUAUUCUAAGUCCAGAUCUCUCAUUAUAUCCUGAUGAAAGGGAAUGUAACUUGUUAAUGUUCAAGUCCAUCAUCCUUUUCUCUGUGUCUUUAGAUGCCUUUAAUACAUACCUAUUGUUUAAUGUCUAUGUGUUGCAAUAAUAUUUGAAUAUACACUGUUUAAAUUAAGGCCAUGCACACAAGUACUCUGAUUUUGUAUGAAAAAUCUGUAGUGUUAUCCCAAAAUGUACAUGCAUCACAGGAUGGCAAAAGUUAAAAAAAAAUAGGUGUCCCUUCUAAGGCCUUUUCUUUUAUAUGGUACAAUUUGACAUAUAUCAGAAUUAUGGGCACAGUCCAUCACGUACAUUCAUGAACCAUGCGCAAGCACCAUGGACACGGAUGCUAAAAUGCCUGGUGAUUUGCACACAUGCAGCGAUUUAGAAUUCCCUCCGUAUACCGCGGGGGGGGGGGGGACUCUGGUAUGGAGCUGCUUCUCUUCUGAAAUGAAGGGAGAAGCACUCGCUGAUGGGAUUUUCAUGCAUCCACAAGAAAUUACUAGAGUGGAAUGACUUCUCCCCCACCAAACUUACAUGUAUUACGUUAAAGAAGAUUGGUAAAAUUUUGGUGAUUAAAUUAUUUCAUUCACCUGUAUAUGGCAACCCAUGAAUGCUACAGACAUACCUUUGCAUUAUCCCUUAGGAGUAAAACCAUUUUUUAAAGACUUAUGACUCUCUUCCUGAUACUGUGACAUGCAGUCAAUGCAUUCUUUUAUGCAUAUUCCUAUUAUUAAAUUAUUUCUAUUUGAGACAAGAAGGACAUGACCGUAUGGAAAGUCUGUACAUACCUGGUCAUUAUGCAGUAUUUAUUUUAAAAGUUGAUUGUAUUUUUUUAAGAUAUUCACAUGUCUGCAACUCUACUUAUAAUUUAGUCAUGUAAAUAGCACUCUUCCAGUGACCACAGCUGUCUUGUACAUACUCUGUUUUAAAAGUAAAGGGAAUUGACAUUGGGGGAGAAAAGGGCAGAUUAGGCCUGUUAAUGAACACCAACUAAUGUAAAUCAAAUUCAUUCUGGUGAUGGUAUUUAACACUUUAAAUAAAACAUUUUCUUUACA